GUCAAAUGCACCACCAAAACACUUACAUUUGAAAUUCAAACGGCUAUCCGCAACGAAAAUAUUGUAGUGGACGCGCGUAUUGGUAUCAAGGCCAUAUGAAUAAAGAGAAUUACUCCCGACUACCAGUCAUGUCUGGUAAAAGGGUCCUCUCCACUAGCAACAGCAGUGAGAGUAGUAACUCUGACAUACAACCUGCACAGAAAAAGUUGAGAAGAGUUGAUUCUGACCCUAAGAUGCGGCUGGCAGUGAGUGUUAUGGGGACCAAGAAACCCCCCCCCCCCAAGCGAGCAUUUGCUGCCAAAACGAGUCGACCUACAAGUGCAGCAACUGUAGCGGCUGUCCCCAGUAGAGAGUUUCAAAAGCAGCCCAAGAUGUCUGUCAGUAAAGCAGCACCAACAGGAGUUGUUGGAGGUUCACGGAGGCCCGCGUGGGACCUGAAGGGGAAGGUUUCAGACAUGGAGGGAAAGAUUUCCAACUACCAGAGUAAAGUAAAAACGGUUGCCCAGGAGAAUGAUUGUCUGAAAGAGUCUCUGGCUAAAAGCAGGCAGAAGGAAGCAGAAAUGACUUCCAAGCUCCAAGAUGUUCAUGCAAAGCUCAGCCAAUAUGAGGAGGAGCUGGCUGACCUGGCCGGAGUCCGAGAGCAGCUGGCGUCUGUGACCAACGAGAAGGCCUCUCUAGAGAAGAACUUGCACCGCCUCACUGAGGAGCACAAGGUCCUUCUGGGUUUGAGGGAAGACCUGGAGUCCCAGCUUCACAAUGUACAGACGCAGAUCUCCCUCCAGACCUCCACCUUGUCCGACUGCCGUGCCACCCUGAGGGAGACCCAGGACAAGGUCACCGACCUGGAAGCGACCGUGGCCCGUCAGUUGGACGAGAUCCACUGUGGCGAGAUGGAGCGCCGGAGGCUCCACAAUACCAUCCAGGAGCUCAAGGGUAAUAUCAGGGUGUUCUGUAGAGUGCGUCCUCUACAGACCCCUGGGCAGAUGGACCACAUUCAGCUUCCUGCCCAUGACAACAAGGCCCUAACACUGGCCAAGAGUGAGGAGUCACACACAGGGCGCUCCGGAGACACCCAGAAGAGCUACAGCUUCAGCUUCGACCGGGUGUUCGGACCCUGCACCUCGCAGGAGGACGUGUUCGAGGAGAUCUCCCUGUUGGUCCAGUCAGCCCUGGACGGCUACAACGUGUGCUGCUUCGCUUACGGCCAAACCGGCAGCGGCAAGACGUUCACCAUGGAGGGGGAGGACCGGGAGGACAUGCGUGGGGUCAUCCCCCGGGCCGUGCGGAAGAUCUUCCGGGCCUCCGAGGCGCUGGCAGAGCAGGGAUGGCAGUAUACAUUCACUGCCAGUUUUGUUGAGAUCUACAACGAGACGUUGCGUGAUCUCCUGUUCACGGGGAAGACUAGCAAGAGACCAGAGUACGAGAUUCGCAAGACCUCAAACAACGAGAUCACCGUCAGCAAUCUCACCUAUCAGAGGGUUAACUCUGAGGAUGAGGUGUGCAACCUGAUUGCACUGGCAAACCAGAACCGUUCCACAGCACGGACCAACAUGAAUGACCACUCCUCACGCUCGCACUCCGUCUUCCAGCUAGAUAUUGAGGGUGUGAACACCGGGAGAGAUGUCAAGUGCAAAUCCUCGUUGUGUUUGGUUGAUCUGGCGGGCAGUGAGCGUGUGCAGAAAAGCCAAUCCCAAGGGGACCGGUUCAAGGAGAUGACUGCCAUCAACGGCUCCUUGACCAACCUGGGCAUUGUCAUCGCUGCACUGGCCAAUAAGGAGAACUUCAUCCCGUACAGAAACUCCAAGCUUACCUACCUCCUCCAGAGCUGUCUGGGAGGAAACAGCAAGACCUUGAUGUUUGUUAACAUCUCUCCAGAGAUGGACAGCUUUCCGGAGACCCUAAACUCUCUUCGAUUUGCCAGCAAGGUAAACGACUGUGUUAUCGGUACAGCAUCAGCUAAUCGAAAGUAAAAGUGGUGGGAAAGGCUGAGGAUCAGACCAACUGGUUCUUGGAUAAAGGCUGAAUCCAUGUCUGCAAGAUCACACAAUGAAUCGUAGAGUUUCCCAAACCUGUCCUUGGGCCAGCCAAGACAUUUCACAAUUUGUUUUACCCAUAUUACCUGCACAUCUGAUUUGAUUUUUCCUCUAACCGUCAAGCCUUUGACGAAUUAAAUGAGAUGUGCUAGUUUGGGUUAGAACUACAAUGUCUGACGAAAGACGCCCAAAUACAUUAGCAUAGUAAGACGUUACUAUAAGAAUCUACUGCAUUUGUGAAUUCAGUGUACCACUGAAAGAGCCUUUGAGUUUUAGUUUUUUUUUUUAUGUAGCCUACAUUUUACUUUGUAUGUUGUACAGUGAACAUUGUAUUUUAUACCUGUGUUUUGGCUAGUGGACAAUGUUAAUGUUUGACCACAUUUGACAAAUGCUGUGGUGUUUGUCUUCCAUUUAAUGUUUUACUAUUCUAUUAUGAACAGUUCUAUUAUGUGGAAUAAUGUGAUCCUGCAAAUAAUGAUUCAGUCAUGCACCUGUAGCCCGUUUUCUGCAUAUAGAGAGAAUGCACUUGUGCAGAACCUCCUCCACAUAUCCGCAAAAACUAAAGAAAACUCUCUGACUCAGGGGGUCUAAAAACAUUGGGGGGGCAGUUCUUUUAACAUGUAAAUUGACUGGUGUGUCUGUACAGUUGGAAUGUAUUGAGGGUGCAACAGCAAGUUGAACAGACACUGGCAAAUGACUGACAGGGCCAAAUCUCUUGUUGGCAAUGCUGAUGUUGUCUGCAAGGGUAAAUACUAAAUCAGAUGCCAACAUUUUACGCUUUUUUUAAUUCAUGCCCUUAUAUUGUGGCACAUUUUAUUGUUCAUUUUACAUCUUAUUGGAAGAUAAAUAAAAAUGAAAUAUGUAAAGCUUU